UCAAAACCCGAAUGGAAACAAACACAGAAUCGAACAUCUCAAGAAAAACCAAAUAGAACAUUACCCCAGGAGUAGAGAGCAGAUCGCUAGAAGAAAAAAAAACGGACACAAGACAGUGAAAAACGGAGGGAAACAAAGAAAGAAAAGUUCAGUUUUGUUUCCUUACAAAGACAAAACAAAGAAGGGAAGGUAUGGUUUGGAUGGUGAACCAACAGGUACCAAGAGGAAGAACUCGAAUUUGGGGAGCUGCAUUGCUGUGUUGGCUUUUCAUCAUGUUGGUUACCCCAAAGAUCCCACUUUCUUACAAGAACCAUCUCUAUGCCGACAUGCGCAACUUCGUUGGAAUUCCUAACACGUUGAACGUGAUCACCAAUUUUCCAUUUCUGGUUGUGGGAGUUCUGGGGUUUGUUCUUUGCCUGGGAUGCGGAAGCUUUUUUAACAUAAGAUUGCGAGGAGAGUUGUGGGGUUGGGUGUUUUUCUAUGGAGGGAUUGCAAGUGUGGCUUUUGGUUCAGCUUAUUAUCAUCUUAGACCUGAUGACAACCGAGUGUUGCUGGACACCUUGCCGAUGAUGAUUGCUUAUUCCUCACUUUUCUCUAUUUUUAUACUUGAAAGACUCGGAGAAAAAAUCGGAUUAAGUUGCUUGUUUUCACUAUUAGUUCUUGCUGUCCUAUGCACAUGUUAUGCAAGAACAUUUAAUGAUCUUCGGUUGUGCAUGACAUUCCAGUUCAUUCCGUGCAUAGCAAUUCCAAUCAUGACGUUUUUUUUCCCGCCUAAAUAUACCCAUUCGAGAUACUGGCUUUGGACGGUAGGAGUUUGCAUCCUGGCCAAAAUGGAAGCUCUAGCUGACAUGAAAAUAUACCGAGCAAACAAAUAUAUUAUCAGUGGACACUCCUUGGGGCACCUGUGUUCGGCUAUUGCCCCUGUUCUGAUUACGGUUAUGCUCAUGCAUAGGAGUUGCAGAUUCCCGAGAAAAAGUUAUUGUUUUCUCUUACUUGGUACUGGAAGUCAUGACAGAUUAGGUGAAAUCAAAGAAUGUCCCUGACUCCCUGGCGAAGAAUCCAAAAAUUCGAUGAAGGCAUUUAUAGGGCAACAUUCACGGUGACCGAUAAAUUUUUAUGCGAAGAAUCAUGGAAGCUGACAUCUCUGCCGAUGAAGAACAUUGUAAGAUUUAUUCUCCUGUGCUUUCGGCAUCACUAUGGAUCUGCAAAGAAUGAAGGCAAGUAGAAUUCAUUAACCAUGACACCAUUUUUAGAAAUGCACAUGAUGUGUCUAUUGUCUCUUGACUGAGUUAUUACACAUUGUGAUGCUUCCAUACCAUGUCAUUAUUCAUGGCCAU